AUGGAUCCUGUGGAGAAACGAAAUUUAGUUAAGAAAAGAGCAGUUGUCAAGUCACGAGUAACUGGACUCUCCACAUUUAUAAGUAGCUUUCAAGAAGGAUCCAAUCUCAACGACAUCAGAGUAAGGCAGUCUCAGCUAAAUACAAGCAAGGAUGAAUACAACGACAUCCAAACUCAGUUGGAGAUUAACGAUGUAGAAGACUCUCAUCAUGAAGACAGGGAGUCGUUUGAAGACUUGUGCUUAGAUAUGGAAUCAAGGAUAGCGACACUGCUCCAAUCAAAUGCUGUGUUACAAACUAACUUUCUGAUAUCAUGCACUGCACGUGAAAUAAAGCUCCCAGCAAUUUCAUUACCAGAAUCCUAUGAGGAUGGUGGCGAGGAUGACGAGGACGUUGGUGGAGAAAACGACAAGUCGGGGGAUGAAACAGUUCUAUUGCUGGAUCAAACCCUGGAAAUAUCAGGUGCAAGACAGAGAAAGAAGGUGGAAAGAUUCACAGAAUUCAGUGAGCUUAAAGAAACGGAGGCAACUGAAAUACCAAAAGGCAAAGAACCUCCCCUGGGUCAAAUACCAAGAACUGACGUUUUGAACAAAUUCAAGGCUGAUGCUCUAAAGCAGCUUCACGGAGUUCUGUUCAAUAGAGUUGGGAAGGUCACUCCUGUGAGAAACAACAUACGUAAAUUCUGUUGGUUUGACAGUGACAAAUGGUCAGACCAGUAUGAAAAGAAGAAACACAUUCUGAGAAACAUGGAAGUGAGUGUCUUGAAAACAAUUUGUUGUAUUUUAGACGUUGAGGAAAAUGGAAAAUAUGAUGAACUUGUACAGAGCAUUUUAACAUUUUUGUUAGAGCCCAAAAGCUCUGGAGCGCCUAUUCCUGACAGCAGACCAAAGCGAUCUACAGCCCAAAAGGCCAACAGCAAGAGAUAUGCAGACUCGGAAAACGAAACAGAGAAGCGAGCACCACGUUUAAAGAGGGCUAAAGCGCAUAGAAAGAGCUUAAGGGAAGAUUUAUUGGAUGGUGGAGACAAUAUGGAUUAA